CUUCGGCAUUCGUCCUGUCGUCAAGCGUUUCAACGCGUCUCUUUACGUCCUUGACCGUAUCCCUGACCUCUUUCCGUUCUUCUUCGAAUGCUCAACUCACACCCUGUUCGACCGAGAAGUUGUCAAACUCUAUUAUAGAGGUCGCGCGCAGUAUCUCAUCUCGAUGAGCAAGGUCCAAGAGCAUUCUGUUAGCUUUCACGAAGUGGUGGAUGUGACGACGAGUAGCGUCAUAACCACUUUCUGUCUGUAUAGUGGAAGGGGUUGGCCGACUCCGUGUCUGGGGGUCCUUGGAGACAUGUAUCUGGAUCUUGCUACCUACGAUCUACUUGCAAAACUGUCCGGCGGCUGGAACAUUUGGGCUGGGCCCGCCUACGGAAGAGAAGUGGACGACAGUGAAUAUCACUGGAGUCGUUUCAAGGCGCAUCUUCAUCCCCACCCUUCUGUUCUGCGGGAUGAACUAUCCCCCUCGUCUUCUCGCUUCCUAUGGUGCAAUGAAGAUGGAGUAUAUUGGUGGACCGAGGACGAGAUACACAAAGACAGGAGGAAAGUUCGCAAUGUGCCUUCUAACGACUACGUACGUAUGAACGGAAGAUGGAUAGUACGCCGGCUGGUGUCUCGCAAGUACAGUCACUUGGAGCCUCCACAGAAAGGACAGGUUCGCAAAUCAGCCGACCACUCAACAGACACGCCAAAAAGUGGUCCCGCUCUGAAGAAACGAAGGCUUGAAACGAGCGCCAUAAAUCAAAGGAUUGACGAGAACAAAACUGCUUCUUCAUCGACAUCUAGCCCUGGAAUGCCGGAGCAAUACGAGGGGCCGCUUAUGCAAGUGCGAGAACAGUUCAAUAUAUUCCUACGUUCGACCAUCCAGAGUGCUCGGCAGGAAGCAGUAGAAGACACCGUUGAUCUUCGGUGUCGCCUGGAGGCAGUGGAAUCUAGAGCAAAGAAAGCUGAAGCAGACGUCACCAAACGUGAUAAGCGUAUCGCGAAGCUCGAAGAAGAAUUAGCAAAGGUCAGCGCGAGAGGCUACUCUCAAACAAGAGCAGCGCUACACCGCAUUGGUAAACGCUCAGCGUCAGGCAUUCCAGCUUUUACAAGACAGCACGCCAGCGUAAAGUGCGAACUUGAUUAGACACUUGACACCUCGACUGGCUUGGGCAGCUUGGGGUCCAGAUCUAGCUUACACUCGUUAGUUUCUUUCCCUUAUCUGUUUGUCAUCUAUACUGUGGGGUAUGAUCUUGAAUAUUGAAUACGUCUUGUAUCCCUUCAUUUGCUGUUUGACUGGUACUUUUUCAGUACAUACCUGAGAAUCCACAUUCCGCCAGCUGUGUAAUGAGCU